AUGAAAAGAUUGACAUCAAUACAUCAUAAUGGUUCAUUAAUACUAUCUUCCAGAAUUACCGAUUUUGCCCCCACAUAUUCAAUACCAUUAUAUCGAUAUCAAUCAACUUCCACCUCUAGAAAUCCCACUGCAAUCAUCAAUCAUGAUUCGAUAUGGGUGAUAUCCAUACCUAUUACCUCAUCUCGAUCAUAUAUUUAUUGUAAUCAUAAACCUACUAUCUUAGAUGGAUCACAAUUACAACGAUUUCCAUUAGUUACAAAAUUAGAAACUCGAUUAAUUGGAAUAGCAUCUAAAGGAUGGCAGAAAUUAGCUAGUUCUAAGUUCUGGGUUAAUAAACGGAUAUAUGAAUUUGCUAAUCAAGUAUUAAAGAGAGUUCCAUAUCAAGAGAAUUGCUUAAAAUCAUUCCCAUCGAAACGGGCUAUGAUUCGAGAAAUUAAUGAAGAAUCAUUAGAAGAAGUGAAUCGGAAAUUAAACAAUGAUAGUGGGAAUCAUCAUCCUAAUAUAAUUCAAACUGAUGUGGAUGAAUUUAAAAUCCCCUUGGAUCAAUUAAAAUCAAUCCCAUUAUAUCAUCCAUCAUUUCAAAAUCCAUCGAUUAUCCUAAAUCAAUUAUAUAAUUUCCGAGAUAAAGAGAAAUCGAAACAUAGGAAAUAUGCUAUUCUAUGUGCUAUUGGAAUUCCUAUAUCAUUACCAUUUGCUUUGAUUCCAGUUGUACCUAAUAUUCCUGGAUUUUAUUUAGCUUAUCGAUUAUAUUGUCAUGUUAAAGCAUUAACGGGAGUUAAUCAUUUAGAUUAUUUAUUAGAAGGAUCUGAAACAGCCUUGAUUGGAGAAGAAGAUGAAGGUGAUACUGGAGAAUUAUUGGCCGAUCCUAAAACGGUGGCUGAUACGAGACAUAUUUCAUUUAAAUCGAUUUCUCAAAUUGAUAAAUAUUAUGAUAAUCCUACUAUGAUUAAUUCCAAUAGUAUAUCUGAAGAUGAAGAGAAAGUGAUUAUUAAUGAAGAUAUUAUAACUCGAUUGUGUAAUGAUUUAGAAUUAGAUCAUUUAAAGGAAGAUUUAUUAAGAGCUUUAAGUCAAGAAUCGACUCGAUUAAAGCAGAAUCUAAAAGUUAAUGAUACAGUAGAGUAG